GAUAAUAGUGUUAUAGCUAUAUCAUCGCGACAAGUGUGUUAUAACAGAAAAAAUAUGGAUACAUAGUCUGAAAACAACCUUUCGUAACUAAUUAUGUAAAAAAAUAUUUCCGAUUUUUAAAAGGGUUACUGCAACCUUAAGCCAUAGUAAAUCAAUGUUAUCAGUCAAGAUAACACGCUCAAAAUGUAACAUAAAUUAUUUUAGAUUGCAUAACGACAACUUCCAUUCAUCAAGACAAGGGAACCAAGCUAGGAGAUGGGUUUCAGGGCUUGUCUAAUGAAGUUGAUGGCACGCGAAGGGGCCACACCACUACCAACUGGAGUGCUUGCAGUGUUAUUUUUCUUGUUGUUGUUUGAUGGGAUGACUCUGACAACGGUGUUUUCAUUCUUACCUAAAUUGGUUAAGUCUUUUGGGACAUCUGAAGUUGAUACAGGACUUUACGCUGGUAUGAUUGCGUCUUCUAUAUACGUAGGAAGGUUGUUUUCUAGUUUACCUUGGGGUUAUGUCGCAGAUGUCAAGGGAAAGAAGUCAGUUUUGAUUGUUUCAACUGCGCUACUAAUGUUCUCAACACUGGCAUUUGGAUUCACCAACAACUUCUACUGGGCUGUCACCACGCGAUUUAUUCAGGGAGCAUCUUCAGCUGUUAUUGUGCUUUCAAAAUCCAUUAUGGCAGAUGUAUGCGACGACACAAACCUCACUCUUGCCAUGUCAAUUGCCUUCACGGGAAUUUCAAUUGGUUUCAUUAUUGGACCAAGUCUUGCAGGUUUCUUGGUGUUCCCAUGUGAGCAAUAUCCAGAAGUUUUCCAGAGCGGCUCCUUUUUUGAAAGAUUUGGUAUUUUCCUUCCAAACUUAUUUCUAACCUUUGGCUUGGCGAUUUGUAUAGCUUUGAUCGUGGUGUAUGUUCCAAACGUACCAAGAGAAAACAACGACCGGACACCAUUAUUACAAGCGUCACAUCAUAAAUGUCAUGGCAGCCUCACAAAAAGCAAAGACAAAGAUUUGGAAAAUAAAUUUGUUCUGCAAAUUAAUGAAACAAAUAAUGCGAACAGUUGGUUAGAAAAGAUAAAGACAUAUAAGAUAGUAAAGUUACUCCGUAUAAAGGAGUACAUCCAAGUCAGCCUACUGUAUGCGAUUUAUUCUAUUGCAGCAACUGGAAACGAAGAACUGUUUCCACUAUUUGCAGCUACAGCAACAGAAUACAAUGGUAUGGCAUACUCUACAUCAAAGAUUGGUUUAACACUUUUAACUGUUGCUGCUCUCAUGCUUCCUGCUCAAUUUCUAUUGAUACCCAAAGUCACUGAACAUUUUGGAGCGAGAAAGGUUUUCAUUGGAAGUAACCUUUUCUCAGCCUUUCUCUUUCCAUGGUCACCAGUUCUGAUUGGGAUAGUUCCAAGCAGUACCGGUUUAUGGAUGGCAGUGGUGUUCGUUUUACUUUUACUAAGACUAUGUUUGGUUGGUGGUUUUAUCGGAGUUAAUAUUCUUAUCAAUAACACAGUUACAUCUGAUCUAUUAGGAUCUGCAAAUGGUUUUGCAAUGACUUUGUCGUCAUUUGGAAGAUUGGUUGCACCAGCUGUUUUGGGCAGUCUAUAUUCCUGGUCUCUCACAAACAUCAAAUGCGUUUCGUCAAAUACUGAUCCAAUUGGUUUCCCGUUUAAUCAAUAUUUUACGUUUUACGUGGUAUCACUGUUAUAUAUAAUAAAUAGUGUCUUUGCAUCAACAAUUUCACCGUUGUUGGAUAAAAGGAAAUUAUGAAUCAUGGUGGUGUAUGCCAAACUUAAACUUAAACUUUGACAGUUAAAUUUCUUGAGUAAAAUGUUGUGUAAUGAAAACCGUCCAGUAACUCUAAUCACUUGUAGUCUACUUGAUCCAGCCACGAGCUAAGCUUCGCUUUCGUUUUUGGUCCAGUGGUUAAAUCCUGAGGUCAGCAAAAAUUUGAAAAAGUGAGAAAAAUUAAAAAAGAUUUUUUUAUAAUUUGUAUGCCUUCAAAGAUUUCAAACAUGUUAUGGGUCGGUCAGUACCGAAAACUGUUGAUUAAAUACAUAAGCGUCAAAAAGGUUCUUAUUAAAAAUUAAAAAAAUCAAAUCACAUUACAAGGGGUAUUUAGCCGGCGCAAUUAGAUUCGAAAGAGCUAAAACUCAUAUAUAUAUAUAUAAGUAUAAAUAUAUCACAUUUAAAUAUAUCACAUUUAUAUAUAUCACAUUUAUAUAUAUCACAUUUAUAUAUAUCACAGUUAUCACUACAAAGAAUUCACUCAUUCUGUGUUUUCACAACUGUAGAUUAUCACAAUAGAGAAAACACGUAUUUGUAAAGUUUCGACAUUUCGUAGGUUUUUCGUAUUUUAGUAUAUAUAUUUAAAACUUUAUAUGUUUUCAAGCUAACACCUAUUUCGUUGACAACAGGUUGUUAUAGCUGAAGAAAAAUGCUGCAUGAAUAUUUUAUAAAUAAAUGAAUAAAUAAAUAAAGCAACAAAAAUGUAUGUGAAUGCAAAAGAAGCUAUUU